GUUCCGCAUGUGUUUAUCAACAAUGUACAGCCGGCUUUUAAGUACACCGUAGUGUUCAUGCAAGCUUCAUAUAUUUUUAAAAUAGUAGGGCCAGGUAUACCUGACUUGCGUGCUCGACGAAGACAUCUCAACCAACAGUCUGUAAAAAUGGAAUAUGGACGCUUAACCAAUGUGCUUUUGAGGGAAACGGCGGUUGGCCGCGCGGGGAAGUUUCAGCGGUUAGCAGCACUGCGGCGGGCGCCACGGCAGCCGGCAAGGCAACGAUCCGCAGUCUGCGAGCGCUUCGCCUGCAUGCUGGUUAGUUGGUUGAACACUGUUGCCAAGUACGUGAUGAGUGCUGCGUCGCAGAAGCCACGCGUCAUAUUCGUGCUGGGCAGUCCGGGCUCAGGAAAAGGCACGCAGUGCAAGAAUAUCGUGAGCGAGUUCGGGUAUGUUCACCUGUCAGCUGGAGACCUGCUGCGUGCGGAGCGUACGAAACCGGGUUCGCAGUACGGGGAACUUAUAGAGACACACAUUCGCAAUGGCACCAUCGUACCCGUUGCGAUCACAUGUAAACUGCUGGAGAAUGCGAUGGUGGAAUCGAGCUGCAACAAGUUCUUAAUCGAUGGUUUCCCACGCAAUCAAGAGAACCUAGACGGGUGGACGGCGAACAUGGCGGAUCGCGUUCAGCUGCUUGGAGUGCUGUUCCUAGAUUGUCCGCAGGAAGUCAGCACGCAGAGAUGCCUGGCGCGUGGAAUGGGGCGCUCCGACGACAACGAGGAAUCCCUAAGGAAGAGGUUUGUCACGUACAUGAAUGAUACGCUGCCCGUAGUUAAACAUUACGAGCAGCAAAACCUCGUGCAUCGCGUAGACUCUGUCAAACCGGCGGAGCAGGUGUUCGAGGACGUGAAGAAAGUGAUUUUAGAACUAGAGGCAAAGGCAUAAUUCUCAGUAUUGGUAUCUCGUGUGCCACAAGUUUUAUAUUUCAACAUUACAUAUUGAUACUAAGACGGCAGUAUUCUUAAAUUUCUGUGAUCCUGCAAGCACCAACAGCAUGUCCCAGGUGAAUUUUAAUUGGCAAAUGCCACCAAAACAUUUGUUAAUGUACACAAGGCAUUUAUAUUUGUUUCGUGUUUGUCCUUUUUACAUUCUUACUUAUAGUUCAUUAAAAAUGAAUGAUUAUUUAACUAUAUAGAUAGGAUUCACGGAUGGUAUGUAUAAUGUUUUAGUUGUUUGGGCAUGGGCAAAAGGGAUUAAAUUUAUUCAUUUUCUAUUCGCCGUACAUGCUGCACUCACAUUUGCGUAUGACAGUUAGAUGUAAUUAGCUUGAAGGCUCAUGUCAGAGUAGAAACAGGUACGAAAUCAGUAGACAGCGAGUUUUGGAAAAAUAUAAUUUGCGCAGUAUGUUGUCUGAAUGUUCUUUGUGUUGUGUGUAUCAAUAUAUUAUUUAACAAGUGUCACUGCUUGAGGAACAUCCCUAACUGUAUAUGUUCGUGAUCUAAAUAGUUUAUUUAUUUCAUUCAAAUUCCCAAGUGGAAAUAUUUCAUCAUGUAUAAAAAUGAUUGUUGGAAUGUAGUAUAUGACGUAUAUUAAAGAGUUAAUAAAUGUUAUCAAGCAUCAGA